UGAAGUUAAUCCUCUCCUGUACGUUUUUAUUGGGGGGGACAUGCAUGUGACAUAAAUAAUGAGGGACAUGCUCUGUGGAUUUUAAUAUUUACUUGUUUUUUCACUGCUGCUAUUAAAAAUCACGGCACACGCUGAAGCAGAGACACACCGCCUAUAUAAAGUGAACCACGGUUUACACACUCCUGUAGAGUGAGUGGAGGGACACACACACGCACACUCUGGCUGUGCAGCUCCACGCGUUCAGCCUGGAAAGCGACCAAACUUCAGACAACCUGCACUUUUAUUCCACUCUUCAAAUCCUCUUUGUGCUCCACUUUACAUCCGGAUCAGAGGAAGUUAAAACUGAGCGGUUUCCAGUUUGCCUCUGGUGAGUAGGGACCAAAAACCACCACAACGUGAUCCGGAUCCCAGGCUGCAACUUUAUAUUUCCACAUCACUUCUGACUUAAACUUUCACCCUGCGGGGACAGACCACGCAGAACAUGCUAGGGUUUGUGCCUGUCCUAGCCGCCUUUGCGCUGCUCUCGGUGGGCUUCAGGAGCGCCGGGGCUGAGCUGGAGAUGCGGAGCUCCGCCGUGCCCGCGGUGCAGAGCGCUGCAGCUGGGUUGAACAGCUCCGGGGACGAGGUCGGGGAAGCGGGGCGGACCAGCUGCCCUGGCCGCUGCCGGUGUGAGGUGGACGGGCUGCUGCACUGGGUGGACUGUUCGGACCUGGGCCUCCGGGAGAUACCGAGCAACCUGAGCGUCUUCACAUCUUACCUUGAUCUCAGUAUGAACAAUCUGACUGUGUUAUCCAGCGGAGCUCUGUCCAACCUGCACUUCCUGGAGGAGCUGCGUUUGGCGGGAAAUGAUCUGACCUUCAUCCCCAGAGGAGCGUUCACUGGCCUCUACAACCUCAAAGUGCUGAUGCUUCAAAACAACCAGUUGAGAUCUGUUCCUGCUGAAGCCUUCAACAACCUGCACAACCUGCAGUCACUUCGACUGGACGCCAAUCAUAUCUCUAGUGUUCCCGCUGGCUGUUUCUCCGGCCUGCGUUCACUCCGUCACCUCUGGCUGGAUGAUAACUCUCUGAGGGAGGUCCCAGUGGAGGCGCUGGGCGAGCUCCCUGCCCUGCAGGCCAUGACACUUGCCCUCAACCACAUCAGCCACAUCCCCGACCAUGCCUUCAGCAAGCUGGGCCGCCUGGUGGUGCUGCAUCUCAACAACAAUAGGAUCGUUUCCAUGGGACCGAACUGCUUCCACGGACUCCACAGUUUGGAGACGCUAGAUCUGAACUUCAACAGCCUGGUGGAGUUUCCCACAGCCAUACGAUCACUCAGCCACCUCAAGGAGCUCGGAUUCCAUAGCAACAACAUCCAGUCUAUCCCAGAGCACGCCUUCACUGGGAACCCUUUACUGAACACCAUAUUUUUUUAUGACAACCCAAUUCACUCUGUCGGACGCUCGGCCUUCCAGAACCUACCAGAGCUUCGCAUGCUAUCUCUGAAUGGAGCUGCAGAUCUCACUGAGUUUCCAGAUCUGACGGGAACCAAAAGCCUGGAGAGCCUGACUAUCACCGGAGCUCAAAUCACCUCAUUGCCCAGUUCGGUUUGUGAGCAGCUUCCAAAGCUGCAGCUGCUCGAUCUCUCCUAUAAUCAAAUCCAGACUCUUCCCAGUUUUUCCGGCUGUGAGAGCAUUCGAAAAAUUGAUCUGCAUCACAAUGUGGUAGAAAAACUGGAGGAAAACACAUUCGCUGGUCUGCUAUCACUACGCUCACUUGAUUUGUCCUGGAAUCGACUGUCAUCAGUGAAGCCAAACUCGUUCUCUGCUCUCCCUGCUCUCACCAAACUUGACUUGUCAUCCAAUCAGCUUUCCUCUCUGCCUCUGAGUGGCCUGCAGAGUUUGACUCACCUGCGUCUGGCUGGAAACCAGCAGCUGAUGGAACUAAUAGCCCAAGAGGAUCUGCCUCGAGUCAGGGUGAUGGAGCUUCCCUACGCCUUCCAGUGCUGUGCCUUCAUCUCCUGUGAGCGGAGAGGUGGAGGUGCAGGAGGUUUGUCCUGGGAGAGAGAGGAAGCAAGAGACUCAGCUGGAAGAGAUGCAGCUAUCCUUUCCAGCCAAGUAGAUCAAGAUUGGGAAGAUUUCCUGAUGGAGUUGGAAGAUGAGCCCAAACCCCAACACUCAGUCCACUGCAGCCCGGCACCAGGACCUUUCCGUCCCUGCCUCCACCUGCUCGGCAGCUGGAUGAUCCGUGGUGGGGUUUGGCUUAUCGCAGCAAUCUCAUUGGUCAGCAACAGUCUUGUCGUCCUUUCAGUCUUCUUUUCUCCAGCCACUUCUCUCACUCCCCCCAAACUACUGAUUGGCUUACUUGCCCUGGUGAAUGGCCUGAUGGGAGUGUGGAGCGGCUGGUUGGUGGCAGUGGACGCUUGGACAUUCGGGAGCUUCUGGAGGUACGGGGCAAAGUGGGAGAGCAGCUUCCUGUGUCGAUUCAGUGGGUUCCUUUGUGUGUUUGCGUCACAGACCAGCCUCUUCCUCCUUACCGUUGCAGCUCUAGAGCGAUGCGUGGCCACCACUGUAGGACACAGCAAAACUGCUAGCAACAGUGGUCACUCUUCAUCGCCGUUAUCCUUCCGUGUUUCCAUCUGUCUGUGUUUCCUGUUGGGCUUCACUGUCACAAUACCCUCCCUGGUGGCCGGACACAGCAGCACCUCUCUCUGUUUACCGCUACCUUCCUCAUCAUCAUCGUCGUCCUUAGCCUUCUCCGUGUCUCUGGUGCUCUUCGACUCCCUCUGCUUCCUUCUCAUGACGUUCUCCUACACUCAUCUCUACUGUCGAGCCCACAAGACUCCACCCAGCUCAGAGGAGGAAGCAGCAUUGACGCGACAUGUGGCUUGGCUGCUCUUCUCUGACUGCCUCCUCUACCUCCCUGUUGCCUUCCUUACGUUCUCCUCCCUCCUGCGCCUACCAGCCGCUGGACCAGAGGCAGCGAAGGGGGUUCUGCUGCUUGUUGCCCCACUGCCAGCCUGUGUCAACCCUCUGCUCUACCUCCUCUUCAACCCGCUCGCCAGGGAGGAACUGGCCGCACUGGCCAAACGCACCUGCAAGGGCGUGGCACUACUGAAGCUACGCAGGCCGAGAAGAGGAGGAGGCGGAGCUGGAGGUCUGAGGCCAUGCACACUGGAUUUAGCGUACGACGAGGAUGCAGAGAAACAGUCAUGUGACUCAACGCAGGUGCUGGUACUUGUCGGAGGUGUCAAAGAAGAAGACGAGGAAGUGGGACAAGGAAAAGCAAAGAGUGACGCACAACAUUUAGCGACACUUCAAUAAACUGAACACAAACACAAAAGGUUUCAAGUCUCACUUGACAAAAGGUAAAUAAGAAAACGUUGUGCCAGCUGGUCACUGCAAUCAAAGAGCCCCUGAUUAGCUGUAACUAACUAUAAAGUAAAGUAUUGUUAAGUGUAACAGAUGACCAAGCCCUGUUUGGAUGGGAUUUCUUCAUGUAGGGAAAUCAGCUGAUUUAGUGUAAUUUUCUGUGAAAAAAAGUGUGUCCCAGGUCCUGUUUUACUUUAUCUGUCCUGUCCUAAUGGGUUUAAAGCAGUGACCAACAUUUAAUACAGUCAAAAAUUAUUUU